AUGGCGCUGUGCGGGCGGGGCUGGGCGCGCUGUGCCCGCGGGCUGCGGCUCGGGGCCUUGCCCCGGCCCGGGCUCGGCGGGACCCGCGGCGUGCGGGGCUCCAACCCCUUCACCCGGCAGCAGGAGGAGGAGUGGCGGCGCCGGAACCGCGCCACCGUGGGCUACAUCGCGGCGGCGGCCGUGGGCAUGGUGGGGCUGUCGUACGCGGCCGUGCCGCUCUACCGCCUCUAUUGCCAGGCCACGGGGCUCGGCGGGACGGCGGGCACGGGGGGCGACCCGGAGCGGAUCGAGCGCAUGGAGCCCGUGCGGGACCGGCGCAUCAGGGUCACGUUCAACGCCGACACGCACGCCAGCAUCCAGUGGAACUUCAAACCGCAGCAGAGCGAGAUCUACGUGGUACCAGGAGAGACUGCACUGGCAUUUUAUAAAGCAAAAAAUCCUACUGACAAACCAAUAAUUGGAAUUUCCACCUACAACGUUGUCCCCUUUGAAGCAGGACAGUAUUUCAAUAAAAUACAAUGUUUUUGUUUUGAAGAACAGAGGCUAAAUCCUCAGGAGGAAGUGGACAUGCCUGUCUUUUUCUACAUUGACCCAGAGUUUGCAGAGGACCCUAAAAUGGCUAAAGUUGAUUUGAUCACUCUCUCUUACACCUUCUUUGAAGCAAAGGAAGGACAGAAGUUGCCACUUCCUGGCUAUCAGUAGCAGGCCUUCUCUACAAAAUCUGACUUCUGCUACAUCUGAGUGCCAGUUUUGAUGCUGUUUUUCCUUGGAAGAAAAAACUGCAGGAGUACUGUGCAGUAUGAAAUUAUACUAUUAAACCUCCAUGGGCACAUGCUGUUAUGAAAGUAUAUGUAUAUAUAUAUAUUUUUUUGGAAACCAACUUAAUGUAUCCCUAUUACUUAGGGAUAGUAUUUCUUCAUCAGACAGCGGAAGGGAACACACUGUUCCUGAAGUAGAGAGGGUUUUUCUCAGGCCAUCUUUUUGUAAGAUGUUAUCUGAAUACCACAAGGCAAAUUCUUAAAUCAAUGUGUAAAUUAAGAUCUUCUUUUAAACAUGGAAGAAAAAAUCAGUUGGUAACUAUCUAAAAUUCCACUGCUGGCUCUGGAAAAUAACUUGCAUGUUAUUUUAGUUACUUUAGAAGAAGGUAAACGCAGAUAAUAAAUUGAGGUAAUCUCAUAACUAAACAAAGCUAGACUGCUAUUUCUGUGUGAGCCUGCCUGGCACAGGAGGAGAAGAUGGUUCAGAAGGUGAUGCACCCUCUCAUGUUAUUACUGCAUCAGUAGUUCACUUGGUAAGAGCAGACUGCUCUAAAGCUGUUAUCAUGAGAACAGUAAUUUAAGUGUAAGCACAUCAGACCUCUGGGAUGGCUUCCAUCUGGAAACACCAUCUAAUUUCUGUGUUGUGUCCCACUCAUUUGAAGUAUGUGUGGUGCUGUUGAGUGCCCUUUGCCUCUGCAGAGGGCUCUACACUGGGCACCUCCACAAGAGACAAGCUUGGCUUGUGUCUGACAUGCUUUGAGGGUAGGGCAGGGUAUAACUGCUCUGGAUUGCAGCUGGAUGAACACCAUAGGUGUCUCCUCAAAAACCAAGAUCAGCCCAUUCAGAGGCUGAGUUGGCCUGAGCCUGCCCAGCAGUGCAGCAGCUCUCCAGGGGGACUCUUGUACCACCAGAACACAUCAGUGGUGUUUAUGUCACUUUCGGGCAUUAUCUGUGCAGUAGGUGCAAUAACACUUCAUCACUGCCUUGCAAACCAGGAGCAAGUUCAAGUAGCCUGCUCAUUUUCAGACAGAAAUUAUUAUCAGCCAGUAUCUCUUCUGCUGGGCCUGUCUUUCUACACCUUCCAGCAGAGAAGAUCUACUAAAGUAAGGGUGAUGUUGGUUAGCAUGGACUCUGAAAAGGCAAUGUCCAGUUACUUAAGUCUCAAUUAUAUUCGCAUACAGUAACUCAAAGACUGCUUUUUUAAAAAUAAAAUGCUAUCUUUAAAAUCCAUUAUUGUACCAGUUACUUGUGUUGGUUAGACAGAUUCUGGAUGACAUACAGGGCUUCACUGUUUAUUAAUGAAAACUUUUUGUUCUUUCAUCUCUCUAAUGCAUUUUAUUCAGCAGAACAUAUGAAGCCCACACAAGUGAAAUAUAUGUAUAUGAAGAUAGCAGCAAGCUUUAUAAAUCCAGUGUGCUUCAGGGAAAAAAAAAGUAACAUCAAGACAAAUCUCUGAAUCCAGGCUAGGGGGGAAAAAAGCCCAACUUCUUACCUCAGUUUUCUUUAGUCCAUUGUCCUUCUGAAAGCUGAACUGAUUAUGGCAGUUCUCCACCCAUUGCUUUAUUCUGGCCUCGUUCUUUAGAAGAAAAGGAGUAUGCCCCUGGCAAGUGGCAGUUCCAUAAAAAUGUGGGUUCUCUGCCUGCAUUUGAAAGUCUAAAUUUGCACAGAUACUGAGCACAUUCCCUCUGUAACACCAGCUCUAACCUUGGUCAUUAGCCAGUUCCCUUCCAUCUCUGAGACCAUUUGUGGGAUUCGCAUUCUCUGGGAGAAGCAGAGAAGAGAAUGGUCAAAACAAUUCUUGUCUCAUUUGUUGCUCCUGUUGUUUUGUGAACAUGUGGAAUGUGCUGGAAGAUUAUUUACCUGAAGGAAUUUGGUAAUUGGAUUCUGGUAUGUUUUGUUUUCUUGACCAAUCCCUGCAAGCUGUGUCCUCACGUUCGGUCAGGAGACAGUCACGAGGUUUUGUGCAGUUCUUGUUCAGUUUCAGUUUAGAUGUAGUGUAAUGCAGUAUAGAAUAAUAUAGCAUAAUAAAGUAAUUAAUUAGCCUUUU